AUGAGCCUGCUCCAACGGCACAGAGGUUUGCCAGGGACCGCCUUUUCUGCCUCCGGAAUGAGGGCGGCCCUAGAUACUUCGGCAACGCACCCAGCAAGUCGUGAAGCUGAGUUGCGGGUGCCAAGUAGCACAACACUAGCCAGCACGGCCACCUCUUCACCAGCUCCAAAGCCUAGCGCUACAAAGACUCCUCUGUAA